AUGACUUCUGUUGCAGAUCGACUGGCCAAAGAGAAGGACAAGGAGGAUGGCUUCGGGACAAACCAGAAAGCAGUGACGUUCUUGAACCAGAACUAUGAGGCACUAAAAGAAACGUGUCUUCAAAGAGGACGUCUGUUUGAGGAUGACAAGUUCCCGGCUGAAGGCAAGUCCUUGGGGUUCAAUGAGCUGGGGCCAUACUCCGCCAAGGCCAGGGGUGUGGUGUGGAAGAGACCAAAGGAGCUGUGUUCUGACCCUAAGUUUAUUGCUGAUGGAGCCACAAGGACUGAUAUUUGCCAAGGGGUUUUGGGCGAUUGCUGGUUGUUGGCCGCCAUUGCUUCUCUGACUCUGGACCAGCGGAUUUUGGCUCGAGUAGUGCCGCCUGGACAGAGCUUCACUGACAAAUAUGCUGGAAUUUUUCACUUUCAGUUUUGGCAAUUUGGUGAAUGGGUGGAUAUUGUCAUUGACGACCGUUUGCCCACAAAAGACGGGAAGCUGCUCUUUGUCCACUCUGAAGAGGACUCAGAGUUUUGGAGUGCGCUGCUGGAGAAAGCCUAUGCCAAGUUGAACGGCAGCUAUGAGGCCCUGUCUGGCGGAAACACCAUCGAGGGAUUUGAGGACUUCACUGGAGGAAUCGCAGAAAUGUACGAUCUGAAAGAGGCGCCGCCACAUCUUUUUAAAAUCAUGCAGAAGGCGAUGAAACUAGGAUCACUCAUGGGCUGCUCUAUAGAUAUCACUAGCUCAUACGAGUCGGAGGCCAUCACACCUCAUAAACUGGUGAAAGGACAUGCAUAUUCAAUCACUGGUGCAGAAGAAGUAAAUUGUCGAGGCAGAAUGGUAGAACUGGUCCGUGUGAGAAAUCCCUGGGGUCAAGUGGAGUGGACCGGCCCCUGGAGUGAUGGAUCGAGGGAGUGGAAUUAUAUCAGCAAAGACGACGAAGCCAAACUGAACCGGGUUGAUGAUGAUGGGGAAUUCUGGAUGUCCUAUUUAGAUUUCAUCAGACACUUUUCAAAGCUGGAGAUUUGUAACUUGACCCCAGACACGUUGGAGAGUGAAGGUGAAAGCCACUGGAACCACUACCAGUUUGAGGGGAUGUGGAGAGUGGGCUCGACCGCUGGGGGCUGCCGCAACAAUGCAGCAACGUUCACCUCCAACCCUCAGUUCGUGGUUCGUCUGGAGCAGGUGGACGAUGACCCACUGGACGGCAAGAAGAAGGGCUGCACUUUCCUGGUGGGACUGAUGCAGAAGGACGGACGGAAGCAAAUGCAACUCAAGAAAGACCUGGAGCCCAUUGGGUUCGCCAUCUACCAGGUCCCAGAGCAGUACAAAGGCUCCAGCCACGUGCACCUGGGCCCAGACGUGCUGCUGCAUCAGAGGUCAGUCGCCAUGAGCCACACGUUCAUAAACAUGAGGGAGAUCUGCGACCGCUUCACGCUGCCUCCGGGGGAAUACGCCAUCAUCCCCUCCACCUUCCAGCCGCACAGGAACGGCCGGUUUGUCCUCCGGGUUUUCUCUGAGAAGCAAGCAGACACUAGCCCUCUGGAGGAGAAGGUUGAUGCUAAAAUUGAAGAGGAGGAAAUCUCAGACAGUGAUAUCGAUCCCCAUUUCAAGAAUCUCUUCAAGAAACUCUCAGGAGAUGACCUGGAGGUUUCUGCCUUUGAGUUGAUGAGGAUUUUGAACAACGUCGUGUCACACCGAUCUGACAUAAAGACAGAUGGUUUCACCCUUGAGACCAUUCGCAUUAUUGUCAGUCUGCUGGAUAAAGACGAGAACUCCAAACUGGGGCUUCUGGAGUUCCACAAGCUUUGGCAGAAAAUCCAAAGAUACCUGGAGAUCUUCAAAAUGCACGACAAGGACAACUCUGGCACCAUGAGCUCACACGAGAUGAGAGAGGCUGCUACGGAAGCAGGUUUCCAUGUGAACAGUGCGGUCCUGCAGGUGAUCGUGAGCCGUUACGCUGAUGCUCAGUUUGCCAUUGACUUUGACAAUUUCGUGGGUUGCCUCAUCAAACUGGAAAUGUUGUUCAAAAUGUUCACUGCUUUGGACAAAGGUUCUUCAGGAAAGAUUGAGCUGGAUAUACAACAGUGGUUGUGUUUGGCUUUGUUCUAA